AUGGAUAACUACCAGAAGAUCGAGAAAAUCGGAGAGGGAACCUAUGGUGUCGUUUACAAGGCCCGUGAACUCACCCAUCCCAACCGUAUUGUCGCCCUGAAAAAGAUUCGUCUGGAGGCGGAAGAUGAGGGUGUCCCUAGCACCGCCAUUCGGGAGAUCUCGCUGUUGAAGGAAAUGAACGAUCCCAACAUUGUCCGACUGUUCAACAUCGUCCAUGCCGACGGCCACAAACUCUACCUCGUCUUCGAAUUCCUUGACCUCGAUCUGAAGAAGUAUAUGGAAGCUCUUCCGGUGAGUGAAGGUGGCCGUGGAAAGGCCCUACCGGAUGGUUCGACUCUGAGCAAGGACAUGGGACUUGGGGAUGCCAUGGUCAAGAAGUUUAUGGCCCAAUUGAUCGAGGGAAUCCGGUAUUGCCACAGCCACCGUAUCCUGCAUCGCGACCUGAAGCCUCAGAACCUUCUGAUCGAUCGAGACGGAAACUUGAAGCUGGCCGAUUUUGGUCUCGCCCGGGCAUUCGGUGUUCCUCUCCGCACCUAUACCCACGAGGUGGUUACGCUGUGGUAUCGCUCCCCUGAGAUCCUCCUGGGUGGACGCCAGUACUCUACCGGGGUUGACAUGUGGUCUGUUGGUGCGAUCUUCGCGGAGAUGUGCACGCGGAAGCCACUGUUCCCCGGAGACUCUGAAAUCGACGAGAUCUUUAAGAUUUUCCGUCUUCUCGGUACUCCGGACGAAAACACUUGGCCUGGAGUCACCUCCUUCCCCGAUUACAAGUCCACAUUCCCGAAGUGGAAGCGGGAAGAAACCCGUGCGCUCGUCCCUGGCCUCGAAGAGGAUGGGCUCGACCUUCUGGAUGCUCUCCUUGAGUACGAUCCUGCUAGGCGCAUUUCGGCUAAGCAGGCCUGCAUGCAUCCUUACUUUAAACAUGGAAGCUCCUACUACUCCGGACGUGGCCGCAAAAACGGAUUCCACUAA